CGCAACUUUUCCGCGACGGCCAUUGCGCAACCCACGGGCACCCACUGCACGUCAUCUCCGCCUGUCUUUCGUCGUCCGCUUCAUCCGCUGCCUCUGCCUGCCCUUCUGCCUCUUCUGCUUGCACACCUCGGCACCUGACGUCCCCACACAAUGGCGCCAGUCACGGAAUCGGUCGUCGACGACCUCAAGAGCCUCGUCUCGCGCCUCGAGCACCGCAUUGGCGAGCUCGAGAACAAGCUGAGCGGCCAUGCGUCAAGUGCGCCCGCGGCACAGGAGGGCGUCAGGAUGAUCCUGAUGGGGCCACCGGGUGCAGGCAAGGGUACACAGGCGCCGCGCAUCAAGGAAAAGUUCUGCGCCUGCCAUCUCGCUACCGGCGACAUGCUGCGCGCCCAAGUCUCGGCAAAGACACCGCUCGGCCGCGAAGCCAAGAAGAUCAUGGACGCCGGCGGUCUUGUCAGCGACGAGAUCAUGGUCAACAUGAUCAAGACGGAGCUCGAGAACAACGCCGAGUGCAAGAAGGGCUUCAUCCUCGACGGCUUCCCCCGCACAGUCACCCAGGCUGAGAAGCUCGACGACAUGCUCACCAAGACCCGAAAGCCGCUCCAGCACGCCGUCGAACUGCAAAUCGACGACGGCCUCCUCGUCUCGCGCAUCACUGGCCGUCUCGUGCACCCCGCCUCGGGCCGCUCCUACCACAAGAUCUUCAACCCACCCAAGACCUCCAUGACGGACGACGUGACGGGCGAGCCGCUGAUCCAGCGCUCCGACGACAACGAGGCGACGCUCACGAAGCGCCUGUCGACGUACCAUGCCCAAACAGCACCCGUCGUUAGCUACUACCAGAAGACGGGCAUCUGGAAGCCAAUCGAUGCGAGUCAGGAACCGGGGCAGGUGUGGAAGAGCUUGUUGAAGGUAUUCGAUGGCCAGGCGUACGUUGCGGGCCGAACGGGCAGCCUACUCAACAAGGUCGGGCUGAAGAACUAGAUCACUUGAACGAAGCGUCUUGAUAGAUGAGAUGACGUGAGAAGAGGUGGGGCUUGGAUGACGGGCAUGAACUGGGUAUGUCUUCUACGAGAUUUGGACGAUCAUGUUUGGUUUUCACGCAAAAAGUCUGUCGUGGUGCUUUGCUAUCAGGGAUGCAUAUAUGGCACCCCCAGAGUGCCUUGUACUUGUAAAGACGCAUCUGGAAGGGCAGUUUUUGGAGGAGUGCGUUUCUGUACUGUAUGUUUGGACACUUUUGAGUGCUUGUCUUGGGGGUUUGUCUCAGGCCGUAGCACUCGAGAGCUUUUUGGAAAUGCAUACGUAUAUCCAAUGUGGUUUUGUGGGGGUUGAUAGGGUGAUGCGAUGUGAUGUGUGUGUGUCAUACUUCUAC